AUGGAUUCAGAUUCUGACACUGAGCCCCAAGACUCUCCUCAAAAACCAAAAUUCCCACAUGCAAGAACAGGUAACGAGCCAGGACUCUACGGAGGAUUUGGCUUUGAUGGGCCUUCUCAAGCCUGAUUAAAAGCAAAUGGCUACAUGCAGCCUCAUUUUGAAGGAGGAAGUGGCCGCUUAGACGAAGAAAAUCCCCAAGCAAGCAUCCAAGAUCUUCCAAACCCUAAUUUGGAAGCCGACAAAGCCAGAAGAGAUGAAGAAAGACGCCAAAAAAUGCUAGCAAGAUUCCAAUCAGGAAACCCUGCACCUCCUCAAAUCAUUGAAAAACCUAUAAGUCCUCCCAAAAAGCAAGAACUUUCCCACGAAGAAAUCAUAAGAAGGCAGCAUUUAGCUGAAAAACGAGAACUCGGACUUGUCAUGAGCAAAUUUGCAUUGGAAGAGAAAAAGUCUGAAUCUUUGCCUGAGGAGCCGAAACAAAGAAUAAUCAGCCCUGAAGAAGAAAGGAAAAGAGAGCUGAUGACUCAGUGGCUGGAUUAUAGGACUAAUGAAGAGCCGAUCAAUUAUAAGAGGAAUGCGACUGAAAUUUAUUUAGAAAGGCUAUUUGAUACUGAAAAUCUAACUUCCACUCCUUGAGCGACAAAACCAUUGGAAAAAUACUAUUUUUUGGGAUAAAAACCACCCAACUUAAGCGAAAAAAAAACCUUUUUAAUAUAAAAUUUUUUUAAGAAAAAUUAUUUUGAUAUAUAUAAGUAAUAAGUAUUAUAAUGAAAUCACUAGCUAAUUCUGUUUAAUUUUUAAAAGCUUGCAUUUUAAAACAUUUAAAUUAAUUUUUUACUUUAUUGGAAUUUUUAAAUUUUGAAGAAAAAAAAACUUAACCCUAUGUGAGCGAAUAAAAAUUUUUAGUUUAUUCACGGAGGGGGAAGUAAGCGAUUUAAACGUAGUUGUUGACAGUGGAGAAAGGAUUAAGGUCCACAAAUCAAUAUUAGGUGCAAGAUCUCCUAUAUUUAGUGCAAUGUUGACUAGCUCAAUGCUUGAAGCUUCUUUAAACGAAGUACAAAUUAACGGAUAUAGCCUUUUCCUUAAAUUUCCCAUCACCAUUUCUAUAUUUUCUAUUAGCCAAUUUACUUUAAAUCUCUAUACUCAUAUGAAGCUGUAAAAAGCAUGCUAUUAUAUCUCUAUACCGGAAAGCUAAAAACAGACAACCAGCACAUAAUGGAACUCCUCUACCUCGCUGGCCUCUACCGAGUCAACGGUCUCAAGUUAAUCAUCCAAAUCGAGCUUGAAAAAUGCAUCGACGAAGACAACCUCGAAGCAAUCUGGGACGCAGCCUCUGAAAACGAAGCCAUCGAGCUCAAAGAAAAAUGCGUAGAAUUCUGCCUAAAACAUCAAGACGAUAUCAGAAAAAUAUUCGCGCAGCUGCCAAAAGAGCUGAAAUCUGAAGUAAUCCGCAGGAAAAAAGCUAUAUAA